AUGGCGCUGUCUCCCCUCCUUGUGCCCAUGGUGGCUGCACGCGAGGCGGUGCGGACCGCGGUGGAGGCAGCGCUGUCGCUGCCGCUGGGCCUCCUCAUCGAGUUCACGGGCCUCAUCUCCUGGCGCCCCGGCGCGAGCAUUGGCUGGCAUCACGACGCCAACAGGCCUUACCUGCAGCAGCGCGCUGCCUCGGCCGUGUGCUAUCUGAAUCAGGCUGGCAGAGACUUUGAGGGCGGCGCAUUUCGCUUCCAAACAGGCACGCCACAGGUGGUGCAUGCCGCCCCUGGCAGAGUGGUGGCGUACGGCGCGCAGGACUCGCACUGCGUGGAUCCCAUCACCAGCGGCGAGCGCUUCACCCUCACGCUGUGGUUCACCCAGGACCCGGCGCACAGCGAGGACACGCGCCUGCUGGUGCAGCUGGCAGGCCCCGUGCCCCGCUCCCUGGGUCUGCCGGCCUCCAUGUGGCGGCUGCCUGAUGGCACCGACCUGCGGCUGUGCCGGCUGGGGAUGGCAGGCUUUGCACUGGUGUGGCAGGGCCAGGUGCUGCACAGCACAGAGGGCUUGCCAGAGGAUGGUACCACUGGGUCCUCCCAGCUGCAGCUGCAGCUUGCAGUCCAGCCCGGUGUGCUACAGGCGUGGCUGAACUGGCAGAGCCCGCCACGACCACACAGGCCAGAUGGCACCGAAGGCGGCACCAGCGGCGGCGGCGCAUGUGGCGUCGCAGCCCCUGCCGUGGAGCAGGGCGGCUGCGCUGAGGCCAACCCAGCAGAAGCAACGGUAGCACAGCUUGUGGCCGGCAUCGAGUUUGGGAGCGUCCAGGACGCGGUGCUGGCUGUGCAGCACUUCCUGCAGGACUGGAGUUGUGUUGAAUGUAAAUCAGAGACCUUCCGCUGUGAAUGA